GCGGGGACUUUAGAAAAGGCGUUCGAAGGGAAUUCAAUUACAGCUGGCGAGUCUCGGCUGGGGGACGGCGUGGUGUCUGAAUGAAUGCUAAGGAGAAAAUGGAACCUUUAAGCAUCCCAGCCACACCGAGAGCAGAGUUGUUAGCAGAUGAACAGUGCUUCAUGAGCAAGUAUAUAUCUGAGAUGGGUUUUUCAUCAGCUGAGUCUGCAUUCAGUCCAGCCCAUUUCACUGACUCUUUGGAGCUACAGGGAAGCUUUCGUGAGUUAGAUAAUAUUGUCUGCUGGAGUGAUAAUGUGGAUCACUGUAUUUCCUACCUCAAUAAGGAAUUGGUAGUACUGGGGUUCCCUGCCCUUUAUAAGGAUGAUGGUUCUGGAGAUGGUAUUGAGCACGGCUUUGACCUCCUGGAAUUGGUUAAUGGGGCUUGCAGAUUGCUGAAUCUGUACCAAAGUGUAUCAGCCAAGCUAGGUGACAUGGAGGCAGAGAAGAUGCGGCGGGAUGAAGAGCUCGAUUAUCUAAGGGAACAGCAGGGUAAACUCAAGGAACAUGUGGAAGUACUUGAAAGAGAAAUUGCAAUUGUGCAGAAUAAGGAACAACAGCUUCAAAACAAAAACAAACAAGUGAAUGAUAUGCUGAAAGAAGAGAAGGAGGAGAUCACCAAGCUCCUCAGUUCUCUGGCUAGCCAGAAGAACCAGCAUAGUCAUGAAAUGAAGAGGAAGGAACAAGAACUGCUUCGACUGAAAGACAAGAUGAGCCAGAUUUUAACUAACAAGACAGACAAGAGAGGAACAAUUGAAAUUCUCAAUGUCCUUCCUCGGACGGAUGGCAAGAGGGCCACUUGGAAAACAGGGAGAUCUCUGGGCAGAAAGGAGGAAGAGCUCUACCGCAUCCAAUUGGCCAAGCAGGAACAACGGGAAAAGGGCCUGGCUUUUGAGAAUGCCAAACUGAAACAGUUGCUGAAUGAAGUGACCCAAGACUUGGACGAGAUGCUGGCCACCAAUGGGGGCAAUGCCAGAGGCACAGAGCAAAGUUGUCCGUACAAGUCCUUCCAGGAACAGUGGGGUAGGCUCAGGAAUACCAUAAAAGCUGUUCAUAACCAAGUUCUUGGUUGCCAAAUGUCUGAAGGAGAUGGUCCAGACCAUGUGGUCAUUGUGACAGAUCAUGACAAGGAAAUAAUGAAAUUAAAGAAAGAGAUUGAAGAGAGCCGAGCUCUGAUUGCAUUGCAGCAGCAGUGUUUUCAGGAGCAAUUGUUGUCUGCUGCCAAUUCAGAGUUGCCUGCCCACCUGAAGGGCUCCUACUUCUUAGAGGAACAGCAGCGGCUACAGGAGGAGCGAGAGCUGUUUGAGGAGCAGAAACAGACGUUUGAAGUGGAACGGAAGAAUUUUACUGAAGCAGCCAUUCGACUAGGAUGGGAGAGGAAACAGUUCAAAGAACAGAAGGCUCAGUUCCUGAAGCAAGAAUUUUUGACGUCAUUGCCAAAUGACAGGAGAAAUACUAAGUGGCGACUUUCUGCACCACUUCCUCUUAGAGAAGAGCAAGGUCCUUUGCAAUUGCUGGAGGACAUGUCUCCAUUUGGACAGGCUCUGAGAAAGGCAAUUAUAGAUGUGUUCUGUUUCUACUUUGGGUUUUAAUUAUUAUUUUUUUUGGCAUUGAUACUACAAAUGAAACUGCCUUCCCUCCAAGUCCUGCAUAACUUGCAAAUAGGGACAAGGGCAUCUUUGCCCAGAGGUGAAAUCUAAAAAUUUCCCCUACCAGUUCUGUGGGCGUGGCUUAAUUUGUGGGUGUGGCUUGGUGGUCAGAUGACUGGGUGGGCGUGGCCAAUAACAAUAAAUAAUAAAAAUAAUAAACAAAGUAUACAAAACAAUAAGAGGUUCCAAAAACCAACUUUCACACUUUACACAUACACAUACACAACACAACACAACUGACACACACAAUGUAAAAGCAGCUGUACCUCACCCAAAAUGGCCCCUGCAAUAAGCAGGAACUUCACACAGCCACAAAAAGCUCAAAAACCAACUUUCACACUUUACACACACACAACAGAACACAACUCACACACACACACACACACACACACACACACACACAAUGCCACAUACAGCUUUGUGAGAUUUUGUGUGUUUGUGUAGUUAGAGUGAAACACUACAAAAAUACACCAAAUCUCAGAAAACUGCGCAAAUAUUUUAUUUUAUUAUUUUAUUUUAUUUAUAUUUUUUAGAUCAGGGGUCUCCAACUUUAGUAACUUUGUGGACUUCAACUCCCAGAGUUGAAGGGACUUUAAGUCCACAAGCCUUAAAAUUACUAAGGUUGGAGACACCUGUUUUAGAUAAAAGCAGCUAAAUUUAAAACUUCCUUAACUUUAAAUUGCAGUCUAAAAAAACCCAACUCCUUAAAAAAUAAUCCAAUUAACUAUUUUUUAAUAGUUUACUUACCCAAUUGAGGCAGGCAGAUUGAGUUGCUCACCGAGGAAAUGGAUUGCAGGGCCGCGGUGUGGCUCAGGCUGUAAGAAGCCUGUUAUUAAAACACAGCUGCCUUCAAUUACUGCAGGUUCUAGUCCCACCAGGUCCAAGGUUGACUCAGCCUUCCAUCCUUUAUAAGGUAGGUAAAAUGAGGACCCAGAUUGUUGGGGGGGCAAUAAGUUGACUUUGUAAAUAUACAAAUAGAAUGAGGCUAUUGCCUUACACACUGUAAGCCACCCUGAGUCUUCGGAGAAGGGUGGGAUAUAAAUGUAAAUAAAUAAAUAAAUAAAUAAAUAAAUAAAUAAAUAAAUAAGCAGAUUCAGUUGCUACCUGAUGCAACUGAUUGC